UGUGAGAGCAGUGGAUUGGACGGCGGCGGGUGUGCGUCCUUGUCGGCAUCUGAAGAGGGUUUAGGAUCGGAUAGGUAGGCAGGUUCAUGAAAAAUAAAUACAGAGACAAGCUAGCUAGUUAUACGGGACAACAAAGUACCGUUUUAACUAAAUAAGCAUUGAAAUGAGAAAGUACAGGUAGCUCCGUAUGCGAGUAACAUCAAGAGCAUGGGAUAUACUAGACCGAUGGAUGCAAGAAAAGUGAAUGUCCCACGAUACAGCCUAGCUGGGCCAUUCAAGGGACACAUGAGUUUCAAAAGCAGCCCUUACUGCCCAGGAUCUUCAAGCAAACUAACCUACCAGUACCUCAUUGAAGACCACAUGGUAUCCCAUUACAAAAAGGUUUACUCAGCCAAAGCUGUCGUGGACUCAACAGUACCUAAAAGUUUGCUAAGCAGUGUGAAAUAUGCUGACCAGCAGCGACGGGAGAGGCUGAAGAAGGAUGUGGCUCGCUAUGAGAGACGGGUGGCCUCAAUGCGGUCGCUGUCCCAAAAGAGCAACAGGAGCGACACAAGGCCCUCCUCCACCGAAAUGGACAAGAGUCCUACAUUUAUGCAAAGGGAUGAGACUGCUUAUCCCUGUCUGGGCAGCUCCAUGAUAUCCACCCCCAGAUUCACCACCUCCUUCCAUUCCAAACAAAUAGUUUAUCCGUCGCGCACUGACAACCGAUCGUUGAGCCCUCCGCACCGAUACCGCUCCACUUCUGAGUUCAGCUACCGGAGCCCAGACUCACAGAGGCAGCAGUCGGUCCGUUCCUGCAUGACUUCCACCAGCCAGAAUGGAUUCAAGGCCUUCCAGGAUCCCGCUCAGAAGACUUACAGUGGCGAUCUUCUGCAGAAGCACUCCCAUUGCUUCACCGAAAACAAGCCAUUCACCCCCAGGACACUGAAAACAGGCGGCAAGUCCUUUCUGUCCCAGUAUCGGUUCUAUACCCCUCCCCGGGGGAAACAGAAGGCCACAAGACUCACUCAUCAGGACACAUACUAUGGAAGAGGAAGCUCACCAGAGGAGGAACUGGAUCUACUCCAGGAAAUGGGUAAUGAGCGUGAGUUUUCAGACGAUGAGCCCCACAACCUAAACCACUCUGAGCUUCACAUCAAGGAUCACAAGACCAGAUGGAGGAGCAGUGAUCGUCUUCACUCAUCAUCUAGGGUUUCACCAGAAGGAAUGAAAUCCCCUUUGAUGAAGAAAGCGGCUACAGAGGAGGAAGAGUUACUGUACCUUGAAUUUAUUGCUGAUGUAACAAAUGACAUCUUAUCAAGAGGACUCUAUUCUAAUAGGGUUUUGGAGCGUGUGUUUGAUCGUCAGAUAGAGAUGAACAGACAUCGACUAGAUGAGGACAAAAUGCGCCACCUUCUGGAAGUUCUUCACAAAGACCUUGGAGGGCCUUCUGAGUCCUUCUCAAUCUGUGCAGAACUUGAAGAAAAACGGGAAAAACACCUACCUCUUAGCCGCCUUUUACAUCUGGGACAAGAGGCAACCAAAGAUCACAAACUUUUUACUCGCACUAAGUUUUAUGAUGACUCUGGGGGACUUGAAAAUUUAAUUCAUUCAUCAGCCUCCCUUCCAGUACCAGAGGACUAUGGUGAGAACAGUGAUAUACAUGGGCAAAAACAAGGAGCCGAAAGCUCAGAAGAGUUUAAUACUCAUUCUGACCCUAACUAUGACCUGGACAACAGUGGAGAAAAAGACAGUGUUGGACAAUCAAAAGAAGUGGAGGACCUGGAACGAAAUUUGGAAGAAUCCUUAUUUCUGUCUGAGGAAACUGACCCCCAGGGGGUUGUUGAGGAGGACCAGUGA